GAGGCUGAGGACUCGGGAUUGUAGGGAACUUGCUGUUUGGAUUCUUCCCUCAGUGCCUGAGGUGGGGGCAGGGCCUUGUACUCCAUUUCUAAAAGGUUCGCCAUCACUGGCUUAGAGCCAGGACACUUGGUGGAUAUAAAGAAUGGCGGGGGAGCUCCCUCCCUUUGUCCUCGGACUAAAGAGAGCCACUGGGAUACUGGAUACAAAGUAAUCUUAGCCCAAGCUCCGGGCAGAGACUGGAUACAAUGUAACCUCAGGGCAGAGCCCUGGCUGGGGCGGGCUGGAAAGAGCACAAAGUAACGUAAGUGGUGGCAUUCGUCCGCCAAGUGGCCAAUCGCAGCGCAGUCCUCGAACCCCUUCCUAAGGGCAAAACAGAGCCACUCGCCUCCUGCCGGCGGGGGCACUGUGCACUUUCGUAGUCUCGACGGAACUUCCGGGGAGGGCGGGACGAUCUUGCGCUCUUCCGGCCUAGGGACUUACCGGCGUGCUCCGCGCCCUCCGCUGCCCUUCCAACCUCCGUCGUCUUUCCCUCCCUCCCUCGUGUGUCUCGGUCAUGGCUCCGCUGCUACUCCCCCUGCUGCUCUUGCGCCCUGUGACCCGGGCCUUGCGCCCCGCCGCCCUCCCGGUCCUGCGUCCCGCCGUAGCCGCCACCCGCGCCUUCGGGGCUCUCCUGGGAGGAGGAAGCGCCGGUGCGCCGGGGCCUGCGCUCCCUCAUCUCCUGCAGCCGCGCCGGCGCGCGCCCGGUCUGUGUUCGUGCACCUGUGGAGGGCUCCACACCGAGGGGGACAAGGCCUUUGCAGAGUUCCUGAUGGAUGAAAUCAAAGAGGAGAGGAAAAUCCAGAAGCACAAAUCCCUCCCCAAGAUGUCCGGAGACUGGGAACUGGGGGUGCAGGGCACAGAAGCCAAGCUCGUCCGGAGGCUGGCCGGAGAGAGGAUCACCGUCACCUUCAACAUCAACAACAGCAUCCCGCCGACCUUCGACGAUGAGCCGGCCGAGGGACAGAAGGCCCAAGAGGAGCAGGAGCCUGAACUCACGUCGACGCCGAACUUUGUGGUGGAAGUUGUGAAGGACGACACCAAGAAGGCCCUCGUGCUGGACUGCCACUACCCAGAAGAUGAGGUUGGGCAAGAAGAGGAGGAUGAGAGCGACAUUUUCUCCAUCAGGGAAGUUAGCUUUCAGCCCGCCAGCGACUCUGAAUGGAAGGACACAAAUUACACCCUCAACACAGAUUCCCUGGACUGGGCCCUGUACGACCACUUGAUGGACUUCUUGGCUGACCGAGGGGUGGACAACAAGUUUGCGGAUGAGCUCGUUGAACUCAGCACGGCCUUGGAGCACCAGGAAUACAUCAACUUCCUGGAGGAUCUGAAGGGCUUCGUCAAGUGUCAGUAGGGGGGGGACCCCGAGUCCUCACCAGAGUGAUUUAGCCGCAAUCAUGGAGCCGGUUUGUGAAAUCACUUCAGGCGCAGACGAGGCGUUCCCCGACCCACUUUAUUGUGUCGCUCCCCACGAAUAAAGGCCUGUCCGGCCACCGAAUGACGAGAAAUAAAA